AAGGAAUCAGGUUCGCCACAGCAUAGUCCCAAUGCUGCAGCCUCCGUAAGGCAUUGGUAAAGCACAUGUAGUUGACCCGAACCCCUCAUCUAGUGAUAACCGGCUUGCGCCGAAGAUAAGAUACGUUAUCAACUCUCGUCAACUGACACGGGUUCCCGUGGUAUUGCUGCUUGACAAUUGCUCGCAGAUUCACUCUCAUACUCUAUAAAUCGCCAAAUAUCUCGAUCUGUGGCAACCGGAGCUCCUCAGACAUGGCCGACGCCUGGCAGUCCAAAGCUGCCCAAUAUCGACAAAACCUCCAAGAGUCCAUCCCUCCCGAAUGGAGGAUUUCGGUCACCCCAUCAUGCUACCCCGUUUCCGAAUACCUCUCCCAAAGCUCCCUCUUUACCCAUACCGAGCAGUCGAUUCUCAGAUUGGAUGCCACCGGCCUUCGAGACGCCAUCGCAGCUCGUGAAUUCUCAGCAUGCUCUGUUACGGUUGCAUAUGCCAAAGCCGGAGCGGUAGCCCAUCAGACGACCAACUGCUUGUUCGAUUUCUUUCCAGAGGAAGCGAUCCAGAGGGCAAAGUGGCUCGAUGAAGAGAUGGAAAAGGGCGGACCUGUGGGGGCUCUGCACGGGGUGCCGAUAUCGGUCAAGAGUUCUUUCGGCAUCAAGGGGCAUCGAAUGACACGGGGAUUCCUCAGCGACGUCGACAGUGCGCCCGCAGAAGAGGAUGCUACCAUCAUCUCCAUCCUUCGGAACGCCGGGGCUGUGUUCAUCCUCACCACCGCCCUCCCCCAGUCCAUCAUGCACCUAGAAACAGACUCUUUCCUCGGGCCUUGCUUGAACCCGCACAAUCCCAAGCUGACUCCCGGCGGAAGCUCGGGAGGGGAGAGUGCCAUUAUUGCUGCUGGGUGCAGUGUCCUAGGGAUUGGAUCUGAUAUCGGUGGGAGUAUACGAGCUCCCGCUGGAGCCGCUGGCAUAUUUGGAUUCAAGCCCACUGCCAUCCGUCUUCCCAAAUUUGGUUGUACCUCGAUGAUGCCUGGCCAAGAAGCAAUCCCAGGUGCCUUUGGUCCGAUGGGUAAAUCUCCUAGGGACAUGGAGCUGUUUGUCCAUACUGUCCUCCAAGCAGAAACGUGGAAGACGGACCCCACCCAAGCAGGGAUGCCCUGGGUUCCUGGACGGGUGAACUGGGUGGGAGGGGACAAACUGAGGGUAGGGGUGAUGUGGGAUGAUGGAGUGGUCGUGCCGCAGCCACCCAUUCAACGAGCACUAAAGACGGCUGCAGACUCGUUGAAGAAGGCAGGGUAUGAGGUGGUGGAUUUUGAGCCAUUCAAAGCUGCAGAGUCUUGGGAACUCGUCUCGUCGCUCUACUUUACUGAUGGGGGAGCUCGAAUCAACAAAUGUGCGGCAGAGUCGGGCGAACCGGUCUUGCCUCUUACCAAGUGGAUCAUGUCACAGAAUUCCCGAGAGAGGACGAUGGAAGAGCUUCAUGAAGUAAGCUCUUUCAUGUCUACUCUACUGAGCUGAUUGUACAGCUUGUGAGAGCACGAGAUAAAUUCCGAGCAAAUUUCAACCACCACUUGUCAGCUUCUGGCGUCGACAUCAUACUAUCUCCCACGGGCUAUGGGCCGGCCCAGCCCUUAGGCACGACAGCCUACUGGUCCUAUACAUCCAUGUGGAACCUCUUGGAUCUUCCUUCGGCAAGUUUUCCCACCGGCCUCUUUGUAGAUGUUGCAUUGGAUGGGAAGCAGACAAGGGAGAUGUAUCUUGGCGAGAAAGAUGCAAAGAUUCAUGCUAAUUAUGACCCACACCUGUUGGUGGGUGCACCUCUGAGUCUGCAAAUUGCAGGUAGUCGAUGGGAGGACGAGAAGGUAAUGGAGGCAUUGGACAUGGUAUCUCGGGUAGUGCAAGGGGAUACACAGUAGGAUGGACGAUGUAUCUGUCAUAAGA